AAUUAAAAAGUUAUUCAUUUGCCGAGCAGAUUACUAUGCUUACAAAGGUUUUAUAUAAGCAGCGUGGUAAUUUAGAACUUAAUCCUACACAUUUUAAACAAAUGAUUGAAGCAGCAGAUCUGCGUUUACAAGGCCUUUUUGAUAAAUUAGUAAAGGCAUUAGUUCCUGAUAACAGAUCUGCAUAUAAUAAAGUUGAAGCAAGAAAAACAAUUGUGAGCUUAUGUUAUAUUAUGGCUGGAAUGCGAAAUAAGUUUGUUAAUAAUUUCAAAUUAGAAGUUGGAUUAUUUUUAUCGGCAUCAGGAUCAACACGUAAUACAAUCGAUACAAUGAAUAGUAUUAGAUUUUCUGCUUAUUAUACAACAGUUAAUAAUUUUAAACGAAAACUUGUAAAUGAACACCCAUUAAAUAUUAGAAAAUUUCUUUUGGAAAAU